CCCUCCCCUUCUCCUUAACCCUCUCCCUCGCCUCCACCACCACCGCUUCAUCCCCUCCACCUCUUCCUCUCCCCCCGAGGAGGCCGCCGCUCCCAUGCCCGCCGGCGCCCGGCCCGAAAAGCCCGAGCCGGACCGCGACCGCGAGGCCUAGCAGUGCCGUUUUUUGGGUACACGGCGCGGGAAGCGAUGGCGAAGCCGACCCCGGUGGCCUCGGCGGAGGAGGCGGCUGCGCUGCGGCGCCGGCUGAGGCGGCUGGUGGCAGCGGUGGCGGCCGGGAGUGCGGACGCGGAGGCCUUCGACGAGGCGGCCGAGGCGCUCGCCAAGCUCAGGGACGCCGAGCUCGGCCCCCGGAAGGACCGCGCUGGUGCUGGCGGCGGCGGCGGCGGGGUGAACAAGGGCGGGGCGGAGGCCGCCGUGGUGCCGGAGCAGUUCCUGUGCCCCAUCUCCUCGGAGAUCAUGAGGGAUCCCGUCGUCCUCGCCUCCGGCCAGACGUAUGAUCGCCGCUUCAUUCAAGAAUGGUUAGGUGCUGGAAACCGAACAUGUCCGCAGACCCAGCAAGUCCUUUCAAAUACAAUUCUCAUUCCGAACCACCUUGUGAGAAGCAUGAUCUCACAGUGGUGCACGGAUAAUGGGAUCACUCUGCCACCAGUGGAGAACCAAGAAGAAGAUCUGGUCACAAACAAUGAGCGGAAGACAUUUAGUAAAAUAUUUGAGAGGAUUGCAUCGUCGUCAAACCUAUCUGAGCAGAGGGAAGCUAUUAAAGAUCUCAGGCUGCUGACUAAGUGCAACAGUUCACUAAGAGCAGCCAUUGGAGAGAAACCGGAUUCAAUCUCUCAGAUGAUUUCCACUGUGUCCAAUCCAGAGCUAGAAAAUAAUGCAGAAGUUCUGGAGGAUAUGGUGACAACUAUUCUUAAUCUUUCAAUUCAUGAGAGCAACAAGAAGAUCAUUGGAGAUGAUCCAUUGGCAAUCCCGUUCCUCAUAAGGGCCUUACAGUCAGGAACCAUGGAGGCUCGCAGCAAUUCCGCAGCUGCCAUCUUCAGUUUGUCUGCUCUUAACAGCAACAAGGCUAAGAUUGGUGAAUUAGGUGCCAUGAGGCCUCUGGUGGAUCUCCUUGAACAUGGCAGCAUGAUAGCCAAGAAAGAUGCUGCUUCGGCCAUCUUCAACCUCUGCAUGCUGCAUGAAAACAAAUCAAGGGCCAGCAAGAUGACUUUGAAAGCUAUCGCAGAUGACUUGCUUGUGGAUGAGUCCCUGGCCAUCCUUGCUCUGCUGUCGGGCGACCACGAGACGGUGGAGGAGAUCGGUGAGACCGGUGGUGUGGCCUCCAUGCUCCGUGUCAUAAAGGAGGACCAGUGCAAGCGCAACAAGGAGAACGCGGCGGCGGUCCUCUUUGCGGUCUGCAUGUAUGACCGUACCAAGCUGCGGGAGGUUGCGGAGGACGAGAACCUGAACGGGUCCCUUGCCUGGCUCACGCAGAAUGGCACCUCGAGAGCGCGGCGGAAGGCUUCCGGGAUCCUCGACAAGAUGAAGAGGGCUGUGCACCACACUCACUACUCUUGCUAGUGCCCUGCCUGCCCACCCGCCCGCCAUGGUUGUGUAGUUAUGGCCUUAUGGGAAUAAUGGGGGUGCUGGUUUCUUCGCUGUAUAUAUAAAUUCGGUUGCAUAUAUACUCUUGGUCUUUGGUUUGGUACAUAUGAGGUUACAGUCUCGGUCUUGUAGAGUAAGUGGUGAUUUUUCCUCUGAAAGCGUUCGUGUUCGCCUCAUCAUCUGAAUUUGCAGUUUUCACAUGUAUAUCUGCAGGUCUGAUCAUGAUGCAAUCGCAUGAAAUUUUGUCA